GGGCUCCUGCAAGCUCCGUGUGCCUCCCCUGAGCUCCUCCAAGCUCCGUGUGGCUCCUCCAAGCUCCGUGUGCCUCCCCUGAGCUCCUCUGGGCUCCUCCGCCAUGGAGGGACACGAAGACAUCAUCGAGCAGCAGGUCGAGGAGCCGGUGGAGCAGAAGGAGACGAGGAGCCACGCCGCCUCCUCCUCCUCCUUCCCGGGCAGCGUCAGUCCGUCCGAGGGGGAGGAGCCGAGCAGCACCCAGUCCUCCCACAGACUGCUGGCCUACAGCGAUGCUCUCAUCUCCAUCAUCGCCACUGUCAUGAUUUUACCCGUCGCCCAUACAAAGGUGGAAGAUGACGAGGAGUUGAGACAAAGCGUUCAGCUCCUGCUCACCACAAAGAUCGCUGUUUACCUGAUGACCUUCCUGAUCGUGACUGUGGCGUGGGCGGCUCACAUCAGGUUAUUUCAGGUGAUUGUGCGCAUCGACGACUGCCUCGCCUUGUUGAACCUCGCCUGCAUGAUGGUGAUCACCUUUCUACCGUACACGUUUUCUUUAAUGGCGACGUUCCCCGAGAAGAUCCUGGGGAUUCUCCUGUUCUGUGCUUGUGUGAUGGUGACUGGCGUCCUUCAGUCGGUGAUCGUGUUGUACGCCUUCAGUCGCCCGUUCCUCCUGAACGAACAGAUCCAGAUCUCAGAGAACCGGACGUUCUAUAAGCACCACAUCCUCAAAGUCAUCAUGAGAGUUCCCCUCAUGUGCCUCUUCGCCAGCAUCUUCUCCGUCAUCUUCUUCCAGCUGUCCUACGUGCUGUUAGCCAUCGUCAUCUUCCUGCCUUACAUCUCCCGGGGUCUGAAGUGGUGUCGCAGCAAAGCAAUUGGUCCCGCGGACGAGUCUCCAGACUCCUUGAUGUUCUACACCUUCCUGCCUGAUGAACCGCUCACUAAAGAACGGGUGGAGGCUUUCAGUGACGGAGUUUACGCCAUCGUAGCAACGCUCCUCAUCUUGGACAUAUGCGAGGACAACGUUCCAGACCCGGCCGUUGUACGGGACCAGUUUGGCGGCAGCCUGGUAGCAGCUCUGCAGGCCUACGGUCCGGAGUACCUCGCCUACUUCGGCUCCUUUGCCACCGUCGGCCUCCUCUGGUUCGUCCACCACUCGCUCUUCCUCCACGUCACCAAGACAACGCGCUUCAUGGGCCUGCUGAACACCUUCUCACUGGCAUUUGUCGGAGGGUUACCGUUAGCCUACCAGCUAACGCAAGAAUUCUCGCCCAACUCCCGGAAUGAACUAGAAGCCAUUCAGAUCAGCUGUGUGAUUAUUUUCUUCGCAGGUAUUUUUCAGCUGACCAUUUGGGUGGCCGCUCUUUACAACGAGCGGGAAACUCUGCACCCGUACGUGCGGUACGGUGGACGGGAGCAUGCGUUCAUGCUAGCUAAACUAUCUCUGUACCCCUGCGUAGCGUUAGGGACAUUUUUCCUGACGUGUAUUCUAAGUAAAUUCAGCGCUUCAAUUUUCCACCUGAUGGAGAUCACGGUGCCUUUUGCCUUUCUCGUGUUGAGGCUGUUGGUGCGAGUCGGGCUCGCGCUAAUACGGCAGAUCUUCUCUCCCGAUAGGCCGGACCUGAGGAUUGUUGUAGAGGAGGACGUUGACGAGGCCAGAGUGCCGUUCAACACUGUAGUGGCAUAAACUAGCUUAAAGGGAAGUGGCGGCGCUGCGAGGCGUCACUGCUGAAACAGUUUGUUUCUGAAAGUGUUAGAAACGACCUCUCAUCAGGAGCCUGUUGGGGUUUGAAUCAGGAACAAAACGGAAAAUGGAUUCUUCUCUGUUUAGCAUUUAAAGUGGUUCAAAUCUUGAGAGGCGAUCGAUAAGAUGUGACCACAGGUGUUGAAGGUGAAAUAUGGACCUGUAGAGGUGAAGGUAACUCGUGGUGGAGCAGAGUAGUGAAGGAUCCUGACAGACAAAGCCUCUCCACUCAUUUAGUCCUUCUAACUGAAGAUACGCCAACGCCAUCAUCUCAAAGCAACCAAAGCCUUUUUCAAAUAACCCUCACUAAAGUUUCCAGCUUUGCUUUUAUCACUCAUCCAAAUCAGACAGUUUAAAAAGAUGGACGACGCGAAUCCAUUUCCUCCUCCUGUGCAAAAAUGAAGCCAAAAUAUCUCAGAUUCGGGCGUCGCCAUCUUGGAGUUCUGAUGUUAUUUGGAGUUUGCGCAGUAGUGAUCGUGGAGUGAGUCUCUGCCGUCAGUCAUGAUGUUCCACCCGUUUCGUUUUAACAUCAAAUUACUUAUUUAAAACAAACUUGAAGGAAUCUAUACUUGAACCGGCCACCAGGGGGGGGGCGAUCUAAAUGUUUUGGCUUUACUUUCAUUGUGCUGUCAUGUCGUCCAUCUUUAUUCACAGUCUUUGAGGAUGGCUGAUUCGGGGAAUGGCUUCAAAUCAUGUAGCUAGCACACACAUUUUUUUAAUUAUUCAACACAUGCCGGAACACACACAUUCAACGGUUCAGUUUCUGGGCCAGCUGCAGAAAUUCACACAUGAGCGCUGAGGGCAGAAGAACUUCUGAAUACUUUGCUCAAGGGCACGUUGGUUUUUCCAGACUUUGGCUCAAAUACUAGACUGAGUUCGGAUUGGGUUUAAGUCUGGAGCGUUGGGCACUUUAAACGUUACACUGAGCGGGUAGCGCCAUCUCCAAUUGCACUAUUCUCAAAAUAUAACUAUGUUAGCAACAGGAAUGUUAAUCUCACCUUUUCAAAUAUGUCCCCACAGAAAAGUAUUGAAAUGAGAAAACUGUGGGAUUAUGACGCAGGGCUGUUGUUGGUUUUAGUUUCAGACGUUCAGUUCUUGAAAACUUUAAAUGUUGCGUCAUUUCAGCGUAAGAUUAUUUAAAUCAUCGGAAAAAUGUAUGUUUCUGCUUGUGUGUCGAGGUUUCACCAGGAGGUGUCACUGUCGCGCGUCCUGAGCUACUGCUGCGAUGAUGUCACGCGCUUUGAUGUACUGAUGAGUUUUAUAUAUCGGCUCAAAUCUGAAAUGCACUUUAAUGGAAAUCUGUCACGUGAUGGAGGAGAGUUCGUUUUCUUCAGAGUUUGGACGAGUGACGAGAAGGAAACGUUGAAUUAUCAAUUUUUGUCGAAUGUGAUUAGACUGAAAACUGAUGUGUUUUUGUUUUUUAGCUCAGCUGCAGAUCAGCAGCAACUCUGGUUUGUUUUUAUGUAUCAAGCCUGGAUUCAUUUAGAUGAAGUACUUUUGUUUUCAGGACUUUAUGGAGGAACGUAAGCCAGAACUUGUCUGAUAUUUAUUGUGAAAGUCCAAAAUAAUGAACCCAAAAUGUCGUCAGUUUGACCUUUGAACGUAUACAUAUGACAUAAUGUAUUUAAAGCCAUAUUUUCAGAGUUUAGAGACAUAAAUCGUCUUUUGAGUCCCAACCGUAGCACUAUAAUCUUUUAUUUGUUGUAAUGAUCUUUCUCUUUGCUUGUUUGUUUGUUGAAUGAAAAGCUUAUUGAUAUUUUGCUGUUUGUGUAUCUCUUGUUUUUUAGUCAGCUUUGGUUUAAGUUUACAUAUCUAGCAUGAAUUAAUCAACAAUUCGAUCUAGGAAUUGAUGCAAGAAUUAUUUUUUUGUCAUCCAUCAGCCAUCGGCCGUGGGCAGCUUGCUUCAGGUCGUCCGUCCGUCCACAACGACGUCAUGUUACUGUUUCAGUUGUCAAAGGUUACCGUGACCUUUAUGAUAAGUUUGUAAAAAUAUACACACACGUAUACAACCACAGUGAUGUAAUUCUAGUUUUCUCUCGUCACUCCUCCAACAUUGUUCAGUGUUGAUUGACAGAUUUCUAUUGUCAAAGCAUCAAUGUCUAUUUAUUGUGUUAUUGCUUCACCAGUUCAAACUCUGAAUCUGCCUUUUCACACGUCUUUGUUUUGUGAAUAAAUCUGAAAUUGUUAAUUUUAACUCGAAA